GUUCCGCACAAGGGUAUAGAAAAAGAUUCCUGUAGGUGUCCAGGGUAGGUAUUAAAACCGUGUGCAACGCUCCCUUCUUCUCGCAUUCCACUCUCUUUCAAUCCUCUACCCCUCACCAUGAAGUUCAAUUCAGCUUGGGUCAAGCCCAACUUUGUGCCGGUAGCUGUCACCCAGCGGGGUAGCGACUCAGAAGCCGCCGCUUCAGCCUCUGACUCGAAAGAAGCCCGUGUGACCUCAGAAAGACCUGGCUCUGCCGAUUCCGGCUCUAUCGGCGUCGAUGAGAAUGCUCAGGUCGGCGUCCAGAAGAUUGAAGCUACGACAUCCGCAUGGGGUAGAAAUCAACUCUUCCUUGCCUACACUCUGAUCUUUCUCAUUUACUUUGUCGAUUCGCUUCAGCAGCAGAUCACAGGGGUUUUGACUCCCUAUGUCACGAGCGACUUUCAACUUCAUUCACUGACAGCCACAACGGGCAUCCUUUCUCAGAUCAUUGGUGGCUUGAGCAAACUCCCGCUUGCAAAGAUCUUGGAUAUCUGGGGCCGUCCACAGGGCUUCAUCUUAAUGGUAGCCCUGCUCACCAUCGGUUUGAUUAUGAUGGCAGCGUGCCAGAAUGUCGAGACUUACGCCGCUGCACAAGUAUUUUACUGGGUUGGCUAUAAUGGCGUCGGGUACGCGCUAAGCAUCUUCAUUGCCGAUACCUCACACCUCAAGAAUCGAGGUUUGAUGUUCGCCUUCGCCUCUUCGCCAUAUAUUGCAACCACGUGGGCAGGAGGUCCGGCCGCGCAACGCUUCCUUGACGGUGCUGGCUUCAGGUGGGGAUUUGGCACAUUUGCCAUUGUCACUCCAGCUGUCUGCAUGCCAGUGUUCUUCCUCUUUAUCUUCAACUAUCGAAAAGCGAAGAAAGCGGGUCUGAUGCCCGUCCGGGAGAGCAACCGAACGAUGAUUCAAUCCAUCCAACACUAUGCUAUCGAGUUCGAUCUCUUCGGCUUGCUAUUGAUUACGGCUGGACUGGCGCUGUUCCUGCUACCUUUCUCCCUCUACUCCUACCAGCCUCAUGGCUGGCGCUCGCCCAUGAUCAUCUGCAUGAUCAUCUUCGGCGGGCUUCUGCUUGUCUGCUUUGGUCUGUGGGAGAAAUUCUGGGCACCCAAAAAGUUCAUUCCCUGGGAGCUCCUGACCGAUCGGACCGUCAUAGGUGCCAACAUCCUUUCCGCCGUCCUCUUCGUCAGCUUCUAUAUAUGGGACGCCUUCUUUUACUCCUUCCUCAUCGUGGUGAACAAUCAGACAGUCACGCACGCAUCCUACAUCACCAACAUUUACAGCAUUGGGGCCUGUUUCUUCGCGAUCCCCGUGGGCAUGUAUAUCCGAUGGCGUGGACACUUUAAGAACAUCGCCCUGUUUUUCGGCGUGCCACUGACCAUCUUGGGAGUGGCGCUCAUGCUGCAUUUUCGCCAGCCCAAUACGAACAUUGGAUACAUCAUCAUGUGCCAGAUCUUCAUUGCGUUUGCUGGCGGGACCUUGGUCAUUUGCGAACAAAUUGCUGUCAUGGCUGCAGCCUCUCACCAACACGUCGCGGUCGUCAUUGCCAUCGAGGGAAUGUUCUCCUCAGUCGGUGGCGCAAUCGGAUCCACCAUUGCAACGGCGAUCUGGACAGGCGAGUUUCGCAACAAACUGAUGACCUAUCUGCCGGCCUCGGCGCAAGGUGAUAUCGACAGCAUCUACGGCAGCCUGGUUGUGCAAUCGUCCUAUCCCCCAGGGACCCCCACGAGAGAGGCCAUCAACAGAGCAUAUGGAGAUACGCAGAAGCUGAUGCUGAUUGCUUCAACGGCUUUCCUAGCUCUUGCCAUUGUGUCUGUCGCCAUGUGGAGGAAUAUCUACGUGAAGGAUAUUAAGCAGGUCAGGGGACGCGUAGCUUAGGCUUAUGGAGGUGAAGCAGCACACAAAGGUGCUUGGGCCAUGUAUUGAAAGAUUGAGACAUCUCGGUCCAGCCUCGCUUAAUAAUUUCAGGGUCGAUGUAUGUACUCAGUGUGUGAGAGAACAAUUAGAACUCGGCGCAUGGCAUUCUGCCCAACGCGCUUGCAUAAUCGGCGGAGGCACUUUACACGUGACACG